AUGCGUCUGGUCGGUCUUGUUGUGGCUCUCGCCGCUUUGGCAGAGGCUCAACUCCCCGAGACUCCUGGAGCCAACGGUGAACCCACCACCACGACUCUUCACCCUCUUCCUUUUGAGACUACUUCGUCUCGGAUUCUUGUGUUUGAUGAGACGACUUCUUCAGAUGUUGCACUUCCAGAGACCAGCACAGGUGUUCCCGUACCUAACACUGCAUUUACUUCAACCGAAAUCUUGUCUGAGCUGCCUGAGUCUAAGAGUACCGACAUUGCGGCUGGAGAUACUUCUACUGCCAAUGGCGAGUCGCCUCUUGACUCGACAUCUUCAAUCGCGAUCCCUGUUGAACAGCACACUACUGAGACGGGACAGCCCACUGGUCCCGAGACUACAGCCCAGCAGCCUCCAGCUUUCGACACUACAACGUCACAAGGGCCUCCCGUAGCAGAGACAACUACUCAGCAACCUCUUGCCCUUGAUACUGUCACAACUGAUCAGACACCUGGUAUCGAGACUACUAGCCAACGGCCUCCUGCACCUCAGUCAACUACUGAGCAAGGCCCUGCUGUUGACACAACCACCCAGCAGCCUCCUGCUCAGGACUCAACAACUGAGCAGCUGAUACCUCAGGAUACCACUUCCCAACCAUUUAUCGGGCAAGAGACCACCACUAUCCAGCCUCCUGUUAUCGUCACCACUUCAUCAGAACAGCCUGUUGAUGAGGUGCCAUCCACGACUGAGAAGCCUGAGAACCCCAACCCUACUACUACUAAGCAGGAGGAAGCUAAGCCUACUAGUAAAGACGAGGAGUCUGAUCCUAAGUCCGAAGACUCAGGCAAUGAGGACCCCAAGACUAAGGAUGAAACUGAUCCUCAGCCCACCACCAAGCAAGACGAGGCCCCUGUCACAGUUCCUCCUGCUGCUGUCACUGCUGAGCCCCAAGAGACUAUCUCCGGUGUUACUGACAACACCCUGCACAGCACCAAGGACAGUGAUGGCAAUGACGUCGUUGUCCCUGUUCUUUUUGGUCCCUCCUGUCUGAUCUUUUGUGAGCAUGCUGGUAAAGACAAUGGUCCUGGUGGUAUUGUUCUUUGGGGCAUUGGACCUGCACCAGGAAGCUACGUCCUUCCCCCUCUCCCUGGCAUCACUCCUGCUCCAUCAGCUGUAGUCAUCAAUGGAGGUGUACCGACACCAGUUGGAACUCAGACACCCGAGGAUCCUGAUGACCAGGACGAUGAUGAUGACGACGACAAGACUUCCACUACUGAGGCUAGCACCACUGAGCUGCCUCAGCUAUCGAUGGGCGUUGAGACAGUCGUAGUGAACGUUGAUGCUACUCCUACCACCGGCGCUACCUCCAGUGAAGCUACGACGGAAGCCACCAGCACUGAAGCAUCUACCCAGACUACUGAGCUUCCCCAAUUGUCUAUGGGCGUGGAUACGGUAGUUGUAAACGUUGAUGCAACUCCAACAACUGGAGGAACGACUGAGACUUCUGCUGCUACAUCUACAGAGACCACCGAGGCUACUACUCAGACGACUGAGCUUCCUCAGCUGAGCAUGGGAGUCGACACAGUCGUUGUCGAUGUUGAUGCUACCCCUACCACAGGAGGUACCGCUGAGACUUCCGCUGAGUCUGCCACUACUCAAGAGUCGAGCACUGGGGUUUCCGGGACCACGGAGACCCGGGAUACCACUACCGCCGAGAUGACUUCAACAGAGGCCACGACUGCUGAGUCUACGACGGCAGGACCUACAUCUACUGAGACCUCUGUGCAGUCUACUACUUUUGCUACUUCCACCACUACUAAGGAGCCUGAACGCGAGUAUCCUUGCAUCAUUCAUGCCAAUCCGGGCAUUGAUCCUUACUGCGCCUGUGAGACUACAGUCAGCGGCAAGGGCUUCUAUGUUUCCACUGAUUUGAUCUCGUCGUCUUGCGCCGACUACACAACCUUCCCUUCCUCUAUCCCUACCGAUGCUUUUGAGCCCAAGGUGACUGAGAAGCCCGACCCCGAGCCUUACGUCAAGACCGACGAUGGCACAGUGGUUUCUUAUCCUGACCGCACAGUCAAGGUUGGAAACUACCCUGGUGGAAAGUAUACUUACACUCAAGGUGUCGGAGACGCUGUCACUCUCGAGACUCCUUUGCCGACGCAGACUGAUGCGAACAACAAGGGCUCCAGCCAGUGCGGCAGCAUCGAUGAUGCAUGCGACCGUGCUUUGAACGAUGGUUUUGAUGAUGAGACAACAUACAAGGACUACGUCUCGCGCUAUGCUAGGAUCCAGAGCGGCAUGAUCAUGCUCGCGUCAUUUGGUCAAGCUGGUUGCACGGCCCAGUUCAAGUGCGAUGACUAUGGUCUCGGAAUGAAGGGCAAGGAUAUCAAGGAUGCCGUCCAGUACAUGAAGGAUAAUGAUGGAGUGAGCAAAUGCGGAACAGCUUACCUGUCUAACAGUUGUCAGAUCACGCUGAACUACUGUACCAAUUGUCACCAUGACGGUUGA